GAAUUGCGUUCACAAAACAACAACGGUGUGCAGUUUUCUUUCCAAUGGCCCGGCAGCGACACAAGGUUGCUGUUCUGAAUAUCCAGAUCAAUAGAUAGGGAAGGGAAAGUGUGCCGCCGGCGAUGGGCGUGGAAGAAGGCGAGAAGCCGCACGCCGUGUGCCUGCCGGCACCGGCGCAAGGGCACAUCACGCCGAUGCUGGAGAUGGCCAAGCUGCUCCACGCCCGGGGCUUCCACAUCACCUUCGUCAACACCGAGUUCAACCAUCGCCGGCUGCUCCGCUCCCGCGGGGCGGCGGCACUUGACGGCCUCCCGAGCUUCCGCUUCGCCGCGAUACCGGACGGGCUCCCCGCGUCAGACGCCGACGCCACCCAGGACGUCCCCGCCCUGUGCUACGCCAUGAUGACCACCUUUCUCCCCCACCUCCGGGCCCUUCUUGCCAAGCUCAAUGACCCGGGCUCCGGGGUGCCGCCGAUCACCUGCCUCGUCGUCGACGGUGUCGCAUCGUUCAGCUACGAUGCCGCGCAGGAGCUCGGCGUGCCUUGCGCCGCGUUGUGGACGUCCAGCGCUUGCGGGUUCAUGGGUUACCGCCACUUCCGUCGGCUAAUCGACCGGGAUCUUGUGCCUUUCAAAGACGAGGAGCAGCUGACGGACAAUGGGCAUCUCGACACGGCGGUCGACGGCAUGAGCGGCAUGUGCCAUGGCAUACGGCUGCGCGACUUCCCGACGAUGAUCCGCACCACCGACCGCGACGACAUCAUGCUCAACUACGUCAUGCGCGAGGCCGAGAGGCUGUCGCUCCCCGACGCCGUGCUGCUCAACACCUUCGACGCACUCGAGCAGCCGGUUCUCGACGCCAUGCACGCCAUCCUCCCGCCCAUGUACACCGUCGGCCCGCUGCAUCUCCACGCCAGCAGCGUCGUCCCCACCGGCACCCCGCUCGACGGCCUCGGCUCCAACCUCUGGAAGGAGCAGGACGGCCUCCUCGCGUGGCUCGACGGGCACGGCGCCGGAGCCGUCGUGUACGUCAACUACGGAAGCGUCGCCGUGAUGACGAACGAGCAGCUCCUGGAGCUCGGGUGGGGGCUGGCCGACAGCGGCUACACGUUCAUAUGGAACGUCCGGCCGGACCUCGUCAGGGGAGAGACCGCCGUGAUGCCGCCGGAGUUCCUAGCAUCGGUCCACGGCCGCGCCAUGCUCACGACGUGGUGCCCGCAGGCGGAGGUCCUCGGGCACGAGGCGGUGGGGGUGUUCCUGACGCACUCCGGCUGGAACUCCACGCUCGAGAGCAUCUCCGCCGGCGUGCCGAUGCUGUGCUGGCCGUUCGCCGGGGAGCAGCAGACCAACUGUCGGUACAAGUGCACCGAGUGGGGGAUCGGGAUGGAGAUCGGCGGCGAGGUGAAGCGGGCGGAAGUGGCGGCGAUGAUACGCGAGGCGAUGGUGGGGGGCAAGGGGCGGGAGAUGAGGCGGCAUGCGGCGGAGUGGAAGGAGAAGGCCCAGCGUGCGUCGCUGCCAGGUGGGGCCGCAGAGGCCAACCUAGACGAGGUGAUUCGUAGCGUGCUCCUCGCCAAGUACUACAACAUUUAGUAGUCGAGGAAAUUCAAUAACGCGCAUGCUAAAAAUCAGUCAACUGGGAUUUAACUAAGUUUCAGACGACCAUGCAACACUUUUGCCAUCGUUUGCAAUAUUUUUUCUUAUCAGUUGCAA